UUAGCUGAUGGUAUGACAUUUGUUUGAUUUUCUUUUUUAUUUCAACUUUUCAUUUCUGUUCCAGAAAUGCACCGAAUAUGCUCACUCUUCGAUGUUCCAUGUUUGAGCAGGAACAAAAAAUCUUUCUACAUGGUGGACUUGCAGCUAGAGAGAAAUGAACAGACAAGGCUCCAUACACAUAACUGUAUGCCAGAUUGCAUCAGUAUAGAGUAUCCUGUACAGGAUUAUGGAGUAAAACUGCAGGGGGAAAUUACAAAAAGCAACAGUCCACUAGUGAGAAAAUAUGGCAUAAAAAAUCACACACUUUUUCAUGUGUACUAUGGGAAUUUCAUGGCCACUAAAUACAGAAAGAAAGUUGUCGACAGACUAACUAUAUUGCUGGGUUUCAGUGGUGGCUUACUGAGUCUGUUUACGGGCUUUAGUUUCAUGGCAGGUUUUGAGGUCAUUUACAUCUUCACAUUGCAACUUAUGUACGUAGGUCAUCCACCAGACAUGAAAGACAACAGAACUGCUACUUUCCAAUGUAGAAGAAACCUAAACAAGAAAUAAAUGGAAAAAACAAAAGUAAAGACAACUGCAACUGGACAUCAAAUUUGUUAAUCUUUGAACUUUGAUCCAUAUAUUGUUAUUUUAAAAAUGUGGUUUGAAGUAUUAAUAUCCAGAAACUGAAAAUUUUUACAAUGUUAUAAACAACAGUUCCACAGAAUAUUUAAAACAU